AUGGUGAUUAACACCGAGAGAUUGCGGGUUCGAGAUGGGAAACCAAAAGAAAAUGUCAUGGUGUUUAAGGUGGUGUCUCGCGAUAAAGAAGAAUUGGGGGAUGGUGACCGACCUUUUUGCACUCAUUGUAAUCAUAUGGGGAAUUGGAAGAAGGGGUGUUAUCAGAUCAUCGGUUUCUCGGAAGGAUGGGAUGAGAAUCGGAAAGGAAGAAGAGGUCGUGGUAGAGGCGGCUCUAGUACUCGUGGAGGUAAAGGAGGCUAUGGUCGUGGGAAUACUUUGUCAAGUGGAUCUCUUGCUGCUGCUCGUGCUAAUGCAGUCCAAGGGGGACGAAUUCCAGCUCUGGGAGUGCAUCAUCCUCACAAACAAAUCCCACUCAAAGCCUUAGUAUUAUGGAUUGUGGAUACGGGAGCUUCUAAUCAUGUCACUAAUGACAUAUCUCUCAUGAGAAAUGUCAAGACAAUACAAAAUUGUCCGGUUGGUUUACCGGAUGGUCAAACGGUGAAUGUGAAUCAAUUGGGUUCGGUCACCUUAGACGGUGGUUUGGACCAGUUGACGAGGACAGUGAUUGGCGUAGGGGGAGAGAAAAGAUGGACUUUAUUUUUUCCGAGGUGUGCCGCAAGUGAAGGUGCUAGCAAGGAUUGUGAGGUAGAUCUUUGGCAUCAACGUAUGGGACAUCCGUCAGAAAAAGUGUUAAAGUUACUUCCCCCUGUGAGUAACUUUGUUAGAAAAAAUAAAAGUGUUUGUGAUGUAUGCCCACGUGCAAAACAAACUAGAGAUAGUUUUCCUCUUAGUGAAAAUAAUGCUAGUAGUUUAUUUGAGUUAGUUCAUAUUGAUUUAUGGGAUCCAUACAAGGUGCCUUCGUCAUGUGGGGCGAGACUUAUUAAGAUUGUUCGGAGUGAUAAUGGUACCGAGUUUAAUCAUCUUCAAGACUAUUUUGGACGAUUACCUAUAAAAUUUUGGGGAGAAUGUGCUUUGACUGCUUGUUAUUUUAUUAAUCGAACUCCGAGUUCGGUUAUCCAAAAUAAAACACCGUAUGAGAUGUUGUUUGGAAAGAUUCCAUCGUAUGAUUCUAUUAGAGGGUGGCAACUAUUUGACUUAGAGACAAAGGAGUACUUCGUGUCUCGAGAUGUGCAAUUUCAUGAACGGGUGUACCCAUUUGGGGAGUUUGUAGAAGAUAAUAGUGGGAAUUCGACAAUUGUGAAUAUGGAUGAAUUUGUAGUAGGGGACGAGUUUGAUGCGUGGCAUGGUGGAGACUUAAUGGGAGUGAAUUACAUUGUUGCAGUGACAGAGGCACGAAUUCCUAGAUCAUACAAGGAAGCAAUGCAACAUACAGGAUGGAGAGAUGCUAUGGCGUCUGAAAUCAAAGCACUCGAAGAUCAAGGAACAUGGAGUUUAGAAAAACUUCCAGAAGGAAAGAAAGCACUUGGUAGUAAGUGGGUAUAUACUGAGAAGAGAGAUGAGGAAGGCAAGUUGCUCAGAUUAAAAGUAAGACUUGUGGUGUUUGGUAAUCAUCAGGAAGAAGGGAUCGAUUACAAUGAAACAUUUUCUCUGGUGGCAAAAAUGUCUACGUUGAGUUUCUUGAUUUAUGUGGAUGAUAUGAUGAUUGCAGGAAAUAAUACAUUUGCAUUGGAAAGUUUUAAAGCAUACUUGAGUGAAUGUUUUAAAAUGAAAGAUUUGGGAGCCUUAAAAUAUUUUUUGGGGCUAGAAGUGGCACGUAGUAAACAUGGUUUCUAUGUGUGUCAACGUAAGUAUGCUUUGGAUAUUAUUUCUGAGACAGGGUUACUAGGAGCAAAGUCGGUAGACUUUCUGAUGGAGCAAAAUCAUAAACUUGCUUUAGCAGAGGGGAAGGAGUUUGCAGAUGGUGAACAAUAUAGGCGAUUGAUUAGCCGUCUGAUAUACUUGGCAGUCACAAGGCCGGGUCUGGCUUAUUCGAAGACUAAGAAGCAACACACAGUUUCUACAAGCUCCACCGAGGCAGAGUAUAGGUCAAUGGCAAGGUUGACAUGUGAGUUGAAAUGGUUGAAACAAUUACUUCGAGCUUUGGGUGUGGAACAUAAGCAAGGCAUGAACAUGUAUUGUGAUAGUCAAUCAACACUCCAUAUUGCUAAUAAUCUGGUGUUCCAUGAGAGGACAAAACAUAUAGAAGUAGACUGUCAUCUUAUUCGAGAUGCUAUUAAAGAAGGUGUGAUAAAGCCAUCAUAUGUUUCCACGAAAAUUCAAUUGGCGGAUAUUUUUACAAAAGCCUUGGGAAAGGCGCAAUUCAAGUUUUUCCUUGACAAGAUGGGCAUUCGAGAUCUACAUGCUCCAUCUUAA